AUGAUUAAUCAAUUUUUGAGGAAUAUCAAAUUGCUUUAGAAUGUAAAAUAAUUAGUGUUAGGCAAUCCAACAGCUGAUAUGGAUUCAUGUGUUGGAUCUAUACUUUUAGCAUAUCAUAUGACUUAAUUUAAUAUUCCAACAGCACCUAUCAUUAAUUAUAAUAGAUAAUCAUUUAGAUCUCAUUUUGAAACUGCACAAUUAUUUGAUAUUGAUGAUUUGAUAUUUAUUAAUGAUGUGGAUUUAAAUCAAUAUGAUUUGAUACUUUAUGAUCAUAAUGAUAUUAAAUAUACAAAUAAUUAAAUUGGCUGUAUUGACCAUCAUGAAGAUAAAGGAUAGAAUUUUACACAAUUUAAAAAGAUAGAAAAAGUAGGUUCUGCUGUAACCUUGGUCGCAGAACAUAUGGAAUUAGAAAAGAAUUAUAAAUGCAAAUAAGAAAUAGCAGAAAUUGCAUAAUUGAUAAUGAAAACCAUUUUAGUAGACACAUUCAAUUUUUAAUAAAAUCAAUAUUAAAUUAGAUGGGUAGAUAAAGAUAAAUAACUUUUUGAAUUAUGUCAUUCCUAUUAUCCUUAAUUUGAUUCUUAAAAAGAAUAUUAACAUCUUACAGACUUGAAAUAUGAUCUGAAAAUGAAUCUGAAACUAUCUUUAACACAAUAAUUACUUAAAGACUAUAAAAAGUUUUAUACUGUUGGAUAUUGUGUGAUUUUUAUCAAAUUACAAGACUUAAUGACAAAAUAUAAUGAAAACUAAUUAAUUGAAGAAUUCAGUCAAUUUAUGAAUACAGAAAAAUGUAAAACAUUAGUAGUAUUUUUUGUCCAUUUAGAAAAAGAUUAAAUACAAAGAAGUAUGAUAAUCUAUGGAGAGAAUUAAUAAUAAAUAAUUUAGAAGUUGUCUCACUUAAAAUUUGAAUAAUAAUAAAGUCCUAUACCUAAUUCCUUAUGGCUCCGAGAUAUAGAUAAUAUUUAUAGCAGAAAAAUAAUUGAAC